UUGCUUGUCUCUCAGCUAACAAACAAUUCGUGUGUCGACCGUGUCAAUCCGCGUAUCGGUGUUUUCUGCCCGAAAGUGGCGUAUCUUUGUGACAACUCGGUUUACUACAUGCUGAUGACGGAACAGUGUCCCAGAACUUGUAACGGAUGCCCGGGAUCGGGAAGUGCAACGUUGCCGCCAAGUAGUAGAGGAAAACUUCUGUCUACUUGUGUUGAUCGUGUAAACCCACGUGCUGGCAUUUCUGAUUGCCCACAGAGAGCAUGUCUCAGUAGUAACUCGGUUUACUUUGAGCUAAUGACGGAACAGUGUCCCAAAACUUGCAAUAAAUGUCCGGGGACAGUUCAUGCAACGCCGGCUGAUUCAAAUUAG